AAUCCAGCAACCUGUUUGCACGUUAAAACAGAUGCUACUUCCCAAAUAACGUACUACCCAGUCGCUGCUGCUGACACGUCAAAUCGAACCAGCUUUUCGAAAGGCGAUAAGGAUUUUGAAACCCAGACUCAAAGUCACAUCAUGUCAAUAUAAACCGAACUGGAACCACUCUACCAGAUUGUUCCGUGUCGCCCCGGCCCGUAUUUGAGUUGGAACUCUAUUUUGGUACCAAAGAGUAGCCCUACUCGCCCGUGCUCGAGCCUAUCUGUAAUGUCAUCGGUACUAAACAGGACAAAUGGAGAUAACAGAGCCCACAAUAGACGGCAGAAAUUCGGGUCACUUCAGACUGAUUCCAUGGAUCUUGAAGAGAGCUGCCGGGACCAACUGGUCCAUUCUAGGCCAAGGCGAUGGGGUCCCGAUACUCUGAAAGACAACCGAUCUAACAAGGGUACAGCAUUCUCGUUACAUGAGCGCCAGGCUCUAGGUAUUCAUGGCCUUCUACCGCCUGUUGUUAGCACCCCAGAGAUACAAGAACAACGAGCAUUACGAAACAUCAGGGGUCAGUUUAGUGACCUUGAUCGCUUUAUCCAGCUCAUGGAUUUACAAGAUCGUAAUGAGAAGUUGUUCUACCGUGUACUCUGCAACAAUCUUGAGGAAAUGAUGCCCAUCGUCUAUACACCCACUGUCGGUCUGGCUUGCCAACGUUAUGGGCUCAUCUAUCGCCGACCACGAGGACUCUUCAUCACAAUACAUGACAGAGGACAUGUGGCAGAUAUUCUAGCUGCAUGGCCAGAACAGAAUGUCAAGGCUGUUGUGGUUACUGACGGGGAGCGAAUUCUUGGCUUAGGGGACCUAGGCAGCUAUGGUAUGGGUAUUCCUGUUGGCAAGCUAGCUCUCUAUACAGCCAUUGCUGGAGUCCAACCAUCACAGUGUUUACCUAUCAUGCUAGAUGUAGGAACAAAUAACCAGACCUUGCUGGAUGAUCCACUGUACAUUGGAUUGCGUGAGCAGAGAGAUCGUUCUUCUGCCUAUGAUGAAUUGAUUGAUGAGUUCAUGGAGGCUGUGACUAACAGAUAUGGCCAGAAUUGCUUGAUCCAGUUUGAGGACUUUGGCAACAAGAAUGCAUUCCGACUUCUGACCAAAUACCGUCAUCGAUACUGCACAUUUAAUGAUGACAUCCAAGGGACCGCUUCAGUCGCUGUAGCUGGUAUCCUGGCCAGCCUGAGAAUUACAGGCAAGAAACUACAGGAGAAUAUAUUCCUAUUUCAGGGAGCCGGUGAGGCGUCUAUUGGCAUUGCCAACCUCCUCAUUGCUGCCAUGGAGGCAAAAGGUUUGGCAGAAGACGAGGCAAGAAAACGCAUCUGGCUGUUGGAUUCAAGGGGACUCAUCUGUAAGGAUCGUCCAGCAGGAGGCAUCGAUAGCCACAAAGAGCCGUUUGCCCACCCCCACGAGCCCAUGAAAGACCUGGAGAAGAUAGUGCAGUCCAUCAAGCCAUCAGCUCUGAUCGGUGCAGCAGCUGUGGGAGGAGUCUUCACAGAGAAGAUCUUACAAGACAUGGCAUCAUUCAAUGACCGCCCAAUCAUCUUUGCCCUCAGUAAUCCCACAAGCAAGGCAGAAUGCACUGCCGAACAGGCCUACACCUAUACCAACGGUAAGUGUGUAUUUGCAAGUGGCAGCCCCUUCCCUUCACACAAACUCCCAGAUGGGUGUGUUCUAUAUCCUGGUCAGGGCAACAAUUCCUACAUCUUCCCAGGCGUGGCUUUGGGUGUGGUCCUGUUUGGGGUGAGGCACAUUACUGAUGAGAUGUUCUUGGAGGCAGCCAAGUGUCUGGCCUCCCUUGUGACGGAUGACCACCUCAAAGAGGGGCGUGUCUACCCUCCCUUGCAACAAGUUCGGGAGGUCUCCCUCAAGUUGGCUGUACGCAUAGCUGAGUACGCAUAUGAGACAAAUGCAGCAUCACGUUAUCCCCGCCCAGAUGACUUGGAGACGUUUGUCAGCAGCCGGAUGUAUGACUUCACUUAUGAGUCCUUUGAGCCACAAUUCUAUGAAUGGCCUAAGAGGAAGUAGGAGGUCAGGUUGGUGAAGAGAGGUCAGGUUGGUGUUGGUUUACUGUAAUUGCAUUUCACCCCUGUGACCUUGGUUUAAAAUCCACAAAGGUCAGGGGUCAUAUGAAGAUAGAGAUUGUUUACUUCAUAGUUAGUCUUAACAGAUAAUUGAAAAGAAAAAUCACUUAUAUUGAUAUAUACGGUAAUAGAGAUAUAUGCCAAUUAUAUUAUGAACAGUAAAAGUAUUAUUUUGAUGUGCAAGGCUGCUCUAUAUUUGUCAACAGUAUCUCUAACCAAAAGUAUAAGAACAAAUUUAAGAUAGCAAUUUACUUUUGAAUGCAAAAUAUUAAAAAUUUGCCUGGAAAGGAAUCUAAACUGGGAUUUUUCCAAAUGGGCUGUAAUUGAUACCCAAUUUAAUACACUACAUGAACAUUAGAGUUAUAUAUUUUUCAAUUUAAAGAUAGUAACAUAAAUGGUUUAAAGACAAAGAACCAAGGAUUUGAGAAACACAAGUAGACGAUUUGCCGUUAUUUUAUUGGCUGUUAUCUGUAAUCUAAAAUGUCAUUGUCUAAAGCCUUUUGACUGGAGAAAUUGUGUGUUAUCAUGUACACAUUAUACAUUCCUUUAUUUUAAAAAAUCAAGGGAAUGAUUUCAUCGCUGAAGAUUGUGCUUCCUAGAUUUGAACGCUGAACCCGCACAAUUAUUUCUUAAGCUUGAAACAGUUUUUGGAUGUGAUUGGUACUAUCAAGACACCUACGAAACACUCAUAGUAUUGUGACAAAAUCUACAUAUGCAAUUCAUCAAAAUUGUGAGACGCAUCAACUUAAAGUUAAAUAAAAGGGGACGACUUGAAGUAUUUGAUUGUUGGUA